AUGAACUUCCAGUUAGGCAAACUCUUUCGAACAAAGGCGUCUUAUCAGCACGACUACUCCUCUUUCAAAGUAACAAAUACAAAAACAAAGCCUUGGAAAGAGGCCAAAUACAUCGAAAGGAAAAAAGAAAAUCAGAACAUUGAAACAUGUGAAGCGAUGGUAUUGCUCGGUCUUGUCAAUUUAAGGUCAUCGUUGACCUUUGAGAAACCUCAUAAACAGAACACCGACUCUUCCAACUUACCUCGAAUCACCAAAAUGAUAGUUGACGAGAACGAUGAAAUGGAUUUGUCUACUUUACUUGAAGUGCAAUGUCGCCAAAAAUUACAGCAUGAGCUUGACAUGGGCAUAUCACAUUCCACUGCUCUUAGAAGAUUUGAAAGAAACAAAAAAGUCUUUUUCAUCAACUUUUUAGUCGACUUGGCAACAUUGAUGGACUUCGAAUUGGUCUCAAUAGUCUCACGAAAGAGUGGAAAGACCAUUCAAAUAGACAGGGUUGUGACUAUCAACAAGCCUGGUAUUUGUUCGUUUGGUAAGCACGAAAUCCUUGAGAAAGGUGAACUUCUCAGACAAUACUUUGUAUCCCUUGGCAUGAACAAAAAGAAUUUCGUGCUGAAUCAGAGUGAUGAUGUUGUUCUUCAAAUAUUGACUGGAUGUUCUCAGUGA